AUGGAGAAUGACGAGGGUGAUACUGCUCGGACAGUAUCUUCUCGAAGUCCAUCUUUAGACCUGAAAAAACGUCUCCUUUUACGUGGUCAGCAUUUCCAUCUUUUUGCCAAGACAGCAGACCACACCUCUCAUAUCCUUCACGCUGAUAAUCCUGAAAAUGGGGGCGAAGCAGCUGUGACCGAGGCUCCUUUUGAAACCUCCUCAAUGCGUCCCACCAUUUCACCUGACUUGAAGGCACAAAUUCUCCAACGUGUGCAAUCUGUCCACCCCUCAGAAGAAGAGUUUUAUGACGAUAUAGGAAGUGGGGAAGAGUCGAACGCAGAAGAAAUGGAAGAGCAGUAA